CUGACACCACCAUCCCCGCCAAUAUGGUUUCCUUUUCAAAGAUACUAAACUAUGUGGUGCUGGUAUCUCUCCCAUUGACAUCUGCUUCGCCUACUCCAGGAGUAUUCGACAGCCUUUUCGUAGACGCGAAUUACAAUCCUCUUGUUCCGCACCCCAUGAUCCAGCUGGACUAUGGUAUGUUCUUGGGCAACUUCUUGAACAAUAUGCGGACAGCACAGUUUUUAGGUAUACCCUAUGCCAUGCCUCCAAUCGGAGAUAACCGAUUCAGACCGCCUCAGCCUCCCAUCUCGAUCGGUGCUGGCAUGGUCUACAAUUCUACUGUGCACGGCAGCGCCUGUAUGCAAAACCCCCUAUCUACUGGUUUCACCAGCAGCACUCUAAAAAUGAGCGAAAAUUGCUUGAAUCUCGACGUUUAUCUUCCAGUUCAGUACAAUGGAGUAUACAGCUCUGGUCUUCCAGUUGUAGUAUAUUUCUAUGGUGGCGAUUUCGACCAUGGCCACAAUUCUCAGCCUUAUUAUAAUGGAGAUUCCUUUUUACAGGCCCAGGCUACUGAUCGCCAAGUAAUUAUUGUCGUUCCCAAUUAUCGUACAAAUGUCUUUGGGUUCAUGGCUUCCCAAGAGCUUGCUAGCGAGGGCAGUCUAAACCCGGGGCUUCUUGAUCAAGUUGCCGCUUUAAAAUGGGUCAAGAAAUACAUCAAAGGGUUUGGCGGUAAUCCGAACAAUGUCGUUGCAUGGGGUCACUCGGCAGGUGCAACUUCCAUUUCUCUCCAUCUGAUGGGUAAUGGCGGUAAUAGUAGUUACUUUAAUCGAAUGAUUCUGCAGUCUGGUGGUAUGGCUUCUGUUUUGAACACUCCCAAACUAGUCCAGCCAGAUUUUACCAAACUUGCUACUGCUGUUGGCUGCAAUACCACUGCUACGACCACCACUAUGGCGUGCAUGCGCAAUGUCGAUGCCAAUGUUCUUUCAAACGCGGCCAACAACCUCAACUUCCGGUAUUACCCCGUUGUAGAUGGCCAGUACCUUAUUGAGCAACCCUCAUCCGCGCUUGCUGCCCAGCGUGUUCGUAAAAUAGAUUCUGUCAUUACCACAGUAACCAAUGAAGGUACUCGCUUUGCAAUCGACUCUAGCGUGAGUAAUAUCAAAAGUGACUCUACAUACCGUCGUGGCAGUGUAUCAUUCCUCAACACCAGCUCGUCCAAUGCAUUUGAUCUUUAUUACCCAGCCAGUGCUAAUUCCAGUGCUCUCAAGAUUACCAGUGAUUCGUAUGGUGACUCGGAGUAUAAUGCUCCCGCCUUUCAACUCGCUCAGUACCUUGUUAGUGGUUCUAACCCUGUUGCCGUCUAUAAAGGUCGUUUCAAUAUUAAACCAUCAAUUGUCGCUAACCAGAGAUAUAAAGCUAUUGGCGUCUUUCACGAGUCUGAUCUUCCGUUCAUGUGGGCUUACUCUCCUGAACUGAGCUCGACCAACUUGGAGCAAACGGUCUCAAAUGCACUGAUUAUUGGCAUGAUCGACUUUAUUUGCUCAAUCGCUCCACGUCUUGCACUCAGUAACAUUCCUUCCAAUAUAUCUAGUUACAACUGGCCUCAGUAUACUGCUUCAAAUCCUACCCAGGUCGUGUGGCAAACAGAGGCUCCCAUCAUCCAGGAGACUACAGCUACUAGCACUAUUGCCAAGCAAUGGAAAACUCUUCAAAAAGUAGAAAUCGGUUUCAACUAUCGUAUUAAGGCUGAGCGUGAGUUAAAACUUCAAUUAGAGGCUCACAUUCCAGAUAAAAAACGAGAGUAUCACGUUGGACAGGAACAGAUCUGCAAAGUAAAUGAAUCACACACUGAUAUGGGUCUGGACACAGAUUUCAAUACAGCUGGUACAUUAGAUUCGUUGAAUGGUGUGGUCGAAAAUCCAGUUAUUCCAACCAUUUGA